GGAGGAGCACCAGCGGAGCUUCGUGGAGUAUCAGUCCGGGCCUCAGUGAGUGUCGUCCGGGCAGCAGCUAUGGUUCAGACGUGCUCAGCGUACGGCUGUAAGAACCGCUACCACAAGGACAGAGCUAUUUCUUUUCACAAGUUUCCUCUGGCACGCCCAGAUGUUUGCGGCAAAUGGGUGGCGGCAAUGAGGAGGAACAACUUCAAACCGACAAAGUACAGCAACAUCUGCUCACAGCACUUCACCAAAGACUGCUUCAAGAGAGAGUGCAACAACAGGGUGCUGAAGGAGAAUGCCGUGCCGUCGCUCUUCACCUUCAACCUCAACAUCAAGUCGGAGUCCCUGGAGGAUCACUUCCCCUCAGAGAUCCACUUCCCUCUCUCUUUGCCUCUGACCUCUGACCCGGUGGAGGAGCAGCAGGAGGAAGAGGUGGAGGAAGAGGAGGAACCCGGGAGGAGCCUGCCCGACAUCCAGUGCGACAAUGCUGCGGUCUCCUGUGACCACAACUACACAGCGGAGGACUCUGCCCGGCAAAAGAAACGCAUCGCUCAGCUGCUGGAGCAGCUGGGGAGCCUGAAGAAGAGGCUGAAGACGGCGCAGCAGAAGUGUCGGCGGCAGGAGAGACAACUCAAGAGGCUGAAGGCGGCAUGUGAGACGCCAAGGAGCAGCCGCAAAACGCCAGCAGCGUUGGGAGAGGGAUACGUCAUCGUACCCAAACACAUCUACAACCAAUGUUGGGGAAGCUGCUUUGAAAGCAUUGCUCUGCAAACUACAAACUGCUUCACAGUGGAAGAAGUCGAACUCCAGCAUAACUACCCGAGGGAGAAAGCUAGUUUGAUUAACUAAAGCUACUGAGGAAAGUAGUUAAAAAUGACUUUUCAAAAAAAAAAAGUCAAAUGAACACUUUACAUGUGAUACGAUAAUACGAAAGUCACAUGGAAGAAAAAAUGCCACUAAAUUGAGUUUAUUGCAAAAGUGUCCACGUUUUCAGCGGUCAUGCAUAAACCAAAAAUAAUAAAAUUACCCGUUAUUCAAGGGAAAAGAGCACCUUUGGGUUUGUCCACAGUGUUCACUCUGUGUGUAACAUUACAGCAGGCAGGUUUCCAUUAAGCUUCAAAACGUGCGUACUGAAGCUGCGAAUAUAAAACACGGCUAAUGGAAACAUAUCAAUUUUGAAAAAACAUAUUUAUUUAAAAAAAAUGUAUACACUCACAUGAGGUGGUCUUUCAG